UGCCUCCCACUGUCAGAUGUCAAAAAGUAACUGGCACACAACACAGCAAGGUCCUGCAGUGAUAGGAGAUGAACAAACUGUGCAAAAUCACUUGAUAGCCAACUUACUUGCUUCUGAGGUCAACCGUCACCCUUUGCAAAUGGACACCAUCAGAUCCAACAUACCAUCCGUGAAAGAAUUGGAAAGUCGUAUAGACAACUGUAGGUUGGAGUCACAUGCACUAGACGAAGUAUGGCCCAAAAUUUAUAUAGGUAACAUGGUCACAGCACACAACAAGGAGGAGCUGAGUCGACAUGGCAUCACCUACAUACUGAACGCAGCGCACGGUGCUUGGGGAAGCAAAGGAAACCAGACCUUCUAUGGAUCAGAAAUCUCUUACUAUGGCAUACGAGCAGAAGACUCCAUAGAUUUUGAUCUAAGUGUCUAUUUUCAUCCGGCCUCAAAAUACAUCCACCAAGCACUCAGAGCCCCAAAAGGAAAAAUCUUGGUUCAUUGCAUUCUAGGCAGAAGCAGAUCCCCAACUUUGGUUCUAGCUUACUUGAUGAUUUAUCAGAACUUGUCUUUGGAUGAUGCUCUUGAAAUGCUCCUGCAGCGUCGGGCAAUUUCCCCAAACCGGGGGUUUCUAAAACAGCUUCAAGAUCUAGACCUGGAACUGCGUUGCAAGAAAACCCUGUGUCGACUUUUAUGAUGUGAAGGAAAAGGAUGAAAUGGGGGCUGUUGGAAGAAAUAUCCUUCUGGGAGAAAGACACUGGAAACUUGGUGGCUGAUUGGAAAGAUGGUUUUUAAUGGUGGACCGGCAAAAAGCACAUGGGAGAGGGAGCGAGAGAGGGAGAGAGAGAGAGAGAGAGAGAGGAGAGAGAGAGAGACCCUCUUUUCCAGGGGUCUCCAGCCUUAGUCCCUUGAAGACUUGUGGGCUUCAACUCCCAGAGUUGAAGUCCACAAGUCUUCAAGGGACCAAGGUUGGAGACCCCUGCUCUGUUCAGCUUUGAAUUUGAGCUUGUAUUUUGAUUGGUUGUCAGACUCCCAUGGGGCCAUGCAGGGGUAACUUUUUAGGUUGUCUUUUGAAUCCCAGGUUUGGUUGACUCUUGCUGGGUGAUAAUGUAAUGAAAGGGCUUUGGGCAAUUCCUACUACGUGUGAAGGAGGUAGAUCUUUGUUAUGUAGAAUAGACUGGCCCAGGCCUUAAUGGCCCAUUGACAAAGGUGGGGGGCUGAGUUUCUACCUCCCUUUUAGAGGAAAUAUUCUGCCCUUUUAAUAUUUCCUAAAAUAUCUCAUUUUCCUAGGAGAGGGGUGGGUGUUAACUUCCUACAGGACUUUUGAUAAGAUUUUUUAAAAAAAGAUCCUUACAAUCUUAUCACCAUUUCAUAUCUUUUUUCACGAGCAGAAUUUACAAAGUUUCUAUUUCAAGAAAUCAAAAAGCCCAAGAAGACUCUGGGCAAUGCUUUUCUCUGAUCCACCUUUCUGAUCCACAGCUCCUCAGGUACCUCUGAAGAGCAUCCAGCCAGAGCAGGAGGAAGACCAACACCUUCUCAAUUGUUUUGCAAUUGCAAUUACAAGUAAGAGUCAAAAAAAAUAUAGAGUUUCUGUCACAAAGAAGAGGGGGUCAACCAGGGGCGAAAUGCUCCCGCUUCAGACCGGAUCAUGCGAUCCAGUAGCGAUGGGGGCAGGUAGUUCAGAGAACUGGUAGCAAAAAUCCCUCUCCCCCCCCACCGCCCACACCUCGCUGUUCCUCUUCUCUGUCUCUGAAGCUCUUGGUGGUGAUAUAGCUACAAACGGCCUUAAAUGACUGUCGUGGCGCUUCAAAGGGCCACACUACAGCUGAUCAGCACUGUAGACGGCUAGUAGACCGGUGCCUCUAUUUUUAAAGAAGAUAGAGCAGUGCGCUCCCGAAAAAAGGCAAUUAGUAGACCGGUGCCUCUAUUUUUAAAGAAGGUAGACCAGUGCGCUCUCAAAAAAAGGCAAUUAGUAGACUGGUGCCUCUAUUUUUAAAGAAGAUAGACCGGUGCGCUCAAAGUUUUGUAAACUUUAUUAUUUUUAUUAUUUAUUAUUAUUGGCCAUGACCAUUCACUCACCUGACCACCGAGCCACGCCCACCAAUUAAGCCAUGCCCACAGAACCGGUAGGGAAAAUUUUUAGAUUUCACCCUGGGGUCAACUUAUUCUCCAAAGCACCUGAGGGCAGGACAAGAAGCAAUAGGUGGAAGUUCAUCAGAGGGAGAUCCAGCUUGGAACUAAGGAGAAACUUCCCAAAGGUGACAAUAAUUAAUCAAUGGAACAGCUUGCCUACAGGAGUUGUGGGUGCACCAGGGAUGGCAUUCACUUACCUUAGCUACUGAUUCACAAAUAUGAGUGUACGCACAUGCGCAGAGCUUCAAAAACGGGUUGUGUUGGUGUCCGAGCGGGCUGCCAGAGCCUCCCACAGCUGCCGCUACCAGUUCGCCUGAACUGGAUAGAACCGGGUGAAUACCACCACUGGGGUGCACCAUCACUGGAGGUCUUCAAGGUUGGACAGUCAUUUAACAAAAAUAGGUAUUUUAUAGGUAUAAUACCAGAAAGCUAUGAUAAAGGGAUUAUAUAAAUGCUUCAUGUAUUGUCUUGACAUCUUCAUGUCAAGACAAAUUCCCUGUGUGUCCAAUCACACUUGGCCAAUAAAAUUCUAUUCUAUUCUAUUCUAUUCUAUUCUAUUCUAUUCUAUUCUAUUCUAUUCUAUUCUUUUCUUUUCUAUUGACCGCACUGAGAAUUGUAUUUGCACAAUAUUGGAAAAAUGAGAACUCCCCACCAGACAAAAACAUAAUUUGGAAAAUAUUGGACUGUGCAGAGAUGGAUAGAUUGACAUUAAAAAUAAAAGAUAAAGGAGAUAGAGAGUAUGAUUCAAUGUGGGAUAGGUUUUAUCAAUGGUUAGAUAUAAGAGGUAGAUGUUAGAAGAAAGAUUGUUAUGUAUAUGUAAAAGAUGAACGUUAUUUAUGACUUAUAAGCAUGCUAGUAUAAUUAAUAUGAUUAUAAAUAAGCUACUAUAACUGUGAUUAUUGUUAUAAUUACUAUGGAUAUUAUUAUUAUUGCUACUAGUAUAUCUGUUGUUUUUCAGUAAAAUGAAGUGCC